CUUGGUCUAUAAGCCGGGCGCCGGGAGCGGGUUAGUCCCCCUGUCCAUGGAGGUGGGUUGUGUCGGCUCGGAGCGCGGUCUCGGCCGCCCCCCUCGUCUCCUGAUGGAUCCCCGGGCGGAGGUGCAGGCCACCGGGCCGGACUCCGCGUCCGUUGACGUCUACGAGUCUCUGCCCGAAAGCGCUUCGGUCAAGGCGCACAUGCUGGCAGGCUCGGUGGCCGGGAUCCUGGAGCACUCGCUAAUGUUCCCUAUCGACUCGGUGAAGACACGCAUGCAGAGUUUGCAGCCUGAUCCCAAGGCACAAUACAGGAACGUAUUUGAUGGUCUUCUGAGGAUAAUCCACACGGAAGGCGCCUGGAGACCUCUGCGAGGACUGAAUGCGAUGGUGGUCGGUGCGGGCCCUGCCCACGCUUUGUACUUUGCCUGCUAUGAGAAAAUGAAAAGGACUUUAAGUGACGCCAUCAGUCACGGUGGCAAUAGUCACUUGGCAAACGGUAUUGCCGGAGGCACAGCAACACUGCUGCACGACGCUGUAAUGACGCCAGCUGAAGCUAUCAAGCAGCGGAUGCAGAUGUUCCAGUCUCCCUACAAAGGCGUUUGGGAUUGCAUACGGAUUGUCCGGCAAGUUGAAGGGAGCCGUGCCUUUUAUCGGAGCUACACCACACAGCUGACCAUGAACGUGCCCUUCCAGGCCAUCCACUUCAUAACCUAUGAGAUCAUGCAGGAGUGGUUGAACCCCAUGAAGCAGUACUGCCCCUCGACGCAUGUGGUGUCUGGGGCCAUGGCGGGAGCGGUGGCCGCGGCUGCCACCACACCCCUAGACGUGUGCAAGACGCUGCUGAACACGCAGGAGAGCCUGGCGGUGAGAACGCUGAAACCCAGCAGCGGGCACCUCUCGGGCCUGGCCAAUGCCUUCCGGACUGUCUACCAGAUCGGUGGCCUCGCUGCCUACUUCAAAGGCGUGCAAGCCCGUGUCAUUUACCAGAUGCCCUCCACUGCCAUUUCUUGGUCGGUCUACGAGUUCUUCAAGAGUGUCAUUUUGAAGAAGCAGCAACAGAGCUUGUCAUCCUCUUUGUGAGGGCGCUCUUUUUAGCAGAAAUGUGGUACAGCUUUGAAUGAGUGGCUCCCAUGGAACUGAAUGUUGAACGAGGAUGCGGAAACACUCAGUGUGUUAGCCCACCAGCAUUUUGGGUAUCUCACAUUGAACUUUCCCCAACCGUCCUCAAAAAUUUGAGAGGGCAAUUUUAGAAAGCAAGCCAAGGUCUGAAUGAUAUAGAGGCAUAAAAGAGCUGAUUUCGUAUCCCAAUAGAGCUUUGAACCCAGCCAGUGAUUGAAUUCUGAAACACUGCAAACUGCCCUGCACCUUGGCUGUGUGUUGCAGGACUCAAUGGAUCAGGAUAUAACUCUUAAUAAAACCUGCCUCCAACCAGGGAAAUUAGCAUUGGGGCUUCAUUUGUAGCAGCCAAGAUGGUCUAUUUUGAUAGAAGAGUGGUUGCAUGAGGAUAGGCAUGGGAGGGGUUUGUAUGCAGUGAGAUUAGUGGACUGUUUUGUGCUUGACCUGGCAUGCGUACACAUGGAGAUUGGCAGUGUGCUCUCACACAGGGAUUUUAAAACCCUUCAACCUAUGCUGACAUUCAUUUAACUCUUGAUCUCUCAUCCUUGUGGGUUUGGUUAGGAGAACUUGACUCUGCUUGGAAGGAAGAGAGUGAGGUUUAAGGACAAAAUAGUGGAAGAGGAAGGUGAGAGUGUGACGGGAGGCUGGUGGAAGCAUGAAAAAGGACGGAUGAAGGAAUGGGAUUGAGGUUGGUGAAGGAGAGGAGUUGUACGGAAGGGAGAGGAAGGAGUGCUGGAUGGGUACUGAAGUGAGAAGGUAUUCUACGAAGAUAAUGAGGGGUGGAUGAGGAAAUUUUGGAGCAGUGAGAUAAAAGCAGAAAAUUGUGUUGGAGGCAAGUGAGGGGAGGAAUUGGACACUGAGUAGUGGGGCAACUAGGAAUUUGGUUUAGUGUACGGUGUGCAUGCAAUUUGACCCAUCUUCAAAGGGUGCAAAUCUGCAAUUGGGAGUGCACUGUAGGUAAAAGGGAGGGAUGCUGGGUCUAUACCUUUCCCACGCCACGGUGGGCAGUGAAUGGGUGACUGUGUUGGUCUUGGCUGUCCCUGGGUUUGGUUUGGAGAGGUUCCCCUACACUAUUUGUCCAGAGGGAGUAUUAUGAAUAUGUUAAAAUUGAAUGUAUCAUAUAGGUAUUUUUGUCAGUCCAGGGUGAGGCAUUUUAGUAGUUUCGCUUUCUUCCUACCAGUUACUGAGGGAAGGUGAGUGAAAAUCUUUGCCCGCUUCCCAAAUUCCUGACACUGAUUUUGAAGAAAGUUGUGGCAUAGGAGGAGGGGUUGGUGGGAGCUUGAAUGUUUCACAAGUUUUUAUUGACUCCAGAAUGAAGAUUACUGGAUGGUGAAAUGUGCACAAUUUGAAGUUUGUCCCAUUUGACAGACAAAGCAAGUGGAAGUUAAGGUAUAUGCCUGCUUUUCUGUAUGGUGCUGAACGUCCAUUGUGCCUGUGCAAGAUGCUGCUCCUCACUUUCUUGCCCUCCUGUUGUCUCUUCCACAACCCUCUUCUUUGGCCACGGAGAUCAAGACCCCCUCAAAUCCAAUCUGAUCAUACAACAAAAGCCACAAACACGUUUUUUAAAUUUUCAGAUAUAGAACAAUUUUCUCUUUCCAUUGAGUCUCUGUCACUUUCCUAAGCUUCCCCAGUAUUUUCUGACAGUAUAUCUAACCCAACCAAUCCUUGGGCUGAGGAGAAAAUAAGUUUGGAGUCUUGCUAACAGGGGUUAUCUCUUAGAUUAUUGACCCCCUCUGAUGCUGUGUUUGUUGAGGGAGGCAUCGUGUCCUGAAGUAGAUGUUAGGGGUGGCCAUGCUGGCCCCUGUUAUGCCCAAUAUUCCUCGCAGUGCUGAGCAAAUAAUUCUGUACUGGGAUGGUACAUGUUGAACUUUGAUGUUAAAAAAGCAAAGUUGGAAUGAGGGGAUAAAGACUGGAUGCAAAAGCAUUGACUACCUCAACACUUUGAGUACUGCUGUGCUUCUCCGGGUCUAUGCAUUGGGUAGUCAGACUCUAACCACUCACAGCUGCUGUAACUUUUGGUGUCUUUAAAAUUGUCUCCCGGUAUUUGUGAAAAGAUAACUUAUUGUCUCAUUUUGAGAGGACAUUCUAUAGAAGUGUGGACUAAUGUUCAUGUGAAAUUUGCAAGAUUCUUUGAAAUGAAAUGCCAUGUAUUUUUAAACUGCUAAAUUAAAAUAUAUAUGUAUAUAUAAACUGGGUGUGUUACAA